AUGCUUUCCAAAGAAGAGUAUGAUGAUCACCUUUGGACGGAGACAACCAUACGGAUGGGGUUUGCCGCUUUUGCAAUCCUCAUAUGGGACCACAUCAUCACUUUCGGCGAUGAGGUUGAGCUGAUAUGGAAGGGGAAGAAGAGCAUUUUCACGUAUCUCUUUUUCCUCAACCGAUACUUGACCCCGCUGGGCUUCAUCAUCAAUUUAUACGCCUACUUAUCGCCCGUUUGGACGCCAGAAUUUCUCCAGACGUGUCAGCAUUUCGUCCGCUAUGAGGGUAGCAUGACUGUCAUUGGCAUUGAAGUAACGGCAAUCAUGAUGAUGCUACGGGUGAAGGCGAUAUACAAUGGUCAGAUAUACGUCAUGACCGGGGUGAUCGCGGUUUUCAUCGCGACAACCGCCGUGAAUGCGUGGCUUCUGACGAUGGGUCAAGCCGUAUAUCACGAGGCUAGCGACAUCCAUGCUUGCACUAUGAUAUUCGAUCCAAACCUGGGAUGGGUAGCUUCGGCCUCGGCUUGGCUGCCGCUGCUGUAUGACACGAUUGUGCUUGGUCUUACGUUCUUCCGGACGUAUUAUCCCGUACGACACAACAUUGGUAGUCACUUAUUUAAAAGGCUCCUAGCGGAUGGUAUCAUAUACUAUAGCGUUAUCUUCUCGGUGACGCUGGUCCUCACGAUAAUGAUCAUCGUCGCGGAUCCCGGCCUCAAGAACAUCAUGGCACAGUGA